AUUUCUUUGUGUCUCGCCUUGCUUUGGGAUUUCGGAUUUUGUCAACGAUCUUAUUUUGGGAGGAGGCGUUUAUCGGGGUCGGAACUUUUUUGCGGAUGGGAUAUCUUUUUUUUACUGCUUUUCGUUUGUGGUUUGUGUUGUCUGGGUGGGAUUUACUCAAAAGAAUACUCGCUUUAAUCCUUUUUUGUUUGUUUUCGUCCUUUUUUUGGUUUACGAUGCGGUUGGCUACAUACAUGGCACAGCUGUUUUCCGUCAACUCCUUCCUUCGCUAUCUCAUUCGCCCCUUGCGCUGUUGCUUUCCUAUAGCCGCGUAUGCCCAGUUCUCGCAUUGUUGUACUAUUAGCUCCUGUUUUCUUCAUUUUUUUCUUUUUUCACAGUUCCUGUCAUCUGUAUCGUAUCGUGUUGUAUCUGUGUCUGUAUUUGUGCGUUCUAUCAUUGUCUGCUUUUCCGGUCUGUUUUUCUUUUCCCUUGCAUAGCGUAUAGGGGGAGUGGAAACGGGUGAAUGGGUUCCUUUUUUCGGGUUUUUUCUUCUCUGUUUGUUUGUUUUGUUUUCGUGUCAUUCGUAGUGA